AUGGAUACAGAUAGCUCUCAUCAAUCAGGAGCUGCAGAUUCUCACUCUUUCACACUUAUUGACGUAGUAGCGAACACCAUGCUCUAUUUGUUUGCGGGCUACGAGACAUCAGCUACGACGGGGCGUUACGCAGCCUACGAGCUGGCCAAAAACCCCGACGUGCAGAGGAAAACUAGAAAGGAAAUAUUAAGGGUAUUAGCGAAAUAUAAUGGGCAAUGUACUUAUGACGCUCAAAAUGAAAUGACUUAUAUGAAUAUGGUUCUAGAAGAAACAUUACGAAAAUAUCCACCAUUGCGAGCCCUCUUCCGCCGAUGUAAUGAGGACUACAGAGUUCCCAAUUCUGAUGUAGUUAUAGAUAAGGGUACGUUACUAUUUAUACCGAUACAAGCAAUACAAAUGGAUCCAGAGAUUUUCGAAGAUCCAGAGAAAUUUGAUCCAGAGCGCUUCACUCCGGAGAAGAAGGCUACAAUGCAUCCAUGCCAGUGGAUGCCUUUUGGGGAGGGUCCGAAGAAAUGUUUAGGUGUACGACAAGGCUAUAUUCAAUCUAAGAUGGCAUUGGUCCAACUUCUUUCGAAAUAUGAACUGUGUUUGAAUGAAAGGACCGAGAACCCUUUGAAAGUAAACCCGUCAGCAUUUUCUUACUCCCCAUUAGGUGGAAUUUGGAUAAACUUGAAAAGAAUAGACCAGACUUCAUAA